UGGUGACAAAGUAGGUACAUAAUUUCGUCGUGUGUCAUGGGAGGGAUAUCAAACUUAACCGCGGACGUUUUCUAGUUGCCGUUUUUCACUUAAGGGUUGCUUAUAUUUACUUUUCUUGGCACCAGAAUGGAGUCACCAGAACCGUCUGAAAUCCGCGCCAUUCGUGAGAGCUAUAAACAAGCCCUGCGGUGUCUGAACUCGGGGCUUCAGUAUGACGAGGUGGGGAAUAAGGACCAAGCUCUUCUUUUGUACAAACUGGGCAAGCGGCAUCUCCUCAGAGGGCUCGAGGUGAACACGCGAGGCAAGCGCUGCGUCGGACGCCGCUGGGACUUCGCGCGACAGACGCAGCUGAGGAUGAACGAGACUUUGAGGACCAUAACCGAUCGUCUCGAGGUGCUGGAGUCCACAGCGAGCUCGGGUCAGCGCCUUUAUCCGACCCUUCCUGCCGUUACCACCAGAGUACCUGUCUCCGCUUCAGGGGGGGCCUCUGCUCAUCCUGCCUCCCCUAUGGAGGGCUUCGCUGCACCCGCUGAACUUCCACCAGCCUACACUCCACGACCGACAGAAGGGCAUCUGUCACUCUCUCAUGGAGGCAACGGGCCGUUUCAAACUGCUCCAGACCAGACAGCCCAACGCCAGGCCUUUGCCCCAGUCAAUCUCAGAGAGACUGGCAUGGAGAUUUUGUUCUUGCCCAGUGGGGUGCAGAUGUUCUUCGUUUCUGCUGAGGGUCAUGUCAGCGCCCCUUCUUAUCCAGGGUACCUGCGAAUAAUCAUAUACAACAGCCAGAACAGUAAUGCCAGCUAUGCCCCAGCAUACCUACAGGUUUGUGAUUGGAUCUACCCGCUGUACCCAGACUCACCGGUCUUUCUUAGCAACAAAGGUGUGUUCACGUUUCCUGAUUCCACCGCAGCAGUGCCGGGGUCCUAUGUUGGGGUGGUGCUGUCCUCAGAGCUGCCUGCAGCAGACAGGCAUCUGUUCCAGGAACAGCUGUCGGCGCUGGCACAGCUCAGGAUCCAGGUAGAUGAAGGUGGCGCUACAGGAACAGACAUUAACCUGAGUGGAAAGGUUCCUCCUUCAGAAACAUCUGUAACCCAAACACCAGGAGGGGAGGAUAAAACUGUUCCUGUUUGGAGUGAAAAAAUGUCUCAAAGUAUUCUAGCAGGGACCUCCUGGUUGGGUCGGGGGCUAGUGCGAGGAGCUGAAGCUACUGGUAAAGCCAUCCAGAGAGGAGCAACUAAGCUACGCGAAAACAUCACUCCAGAGGAGACCCCAGCAGAGGUCAGCCCCAAGGUCACCAAAGGCCUUAAUGCAGCCAAGCAGGCCACAGGGGGUGCUGUGAAAGUCAGCCAGUUUCUAGUGGACGGCGUCGCUGCUGUAGCUGAUAGAGUUGGGAAAGAAAUUGCUCCACACGUGAAAAAACAUGGCAGCAAACUCAUCCCAGAAUCUCUCAAGAAAAGUAAAGACGGCUGCUCCAGCAUGGAUGGAGCCAAGCUUGUGGCAGGAAGCAGCAUACAAGGUUUGUCAACUCUCUGGUCAAGUCUGGAAACGGCCGCAAAGACUAUUGGCAAAAGUAUUACUUCAGAGACUGUGACUACUGUGAAGCACAAGUAUGGAGACGAGGCAGGACAAGCUGCAGACACUGCGGUCCAGUCUGCUGUCAAUGUAGGUGUCACAGCAUUUAAUGUGGACAACCUGGGCAUCAAGGGUGUGCUGAAGACCGCAGGCAAACACACUGCAAAAGCAAUGGUGAAAGAUGGCCCAGGAGGAGAAGAAACCGAGAAGAAAGAAAAGCCAAAUAAGGAUGAGAAAAAAUAAUAAAUCAUUAGCUGUCAUCAGUUAACUUCUGUACAUUCUUGCAGCAAAAAAGUAUUGUUUUGUAUUGAUAAUGAGAUUGAUAUAUUAUACUGAGCAAUGUUUACCGAACGAUGCACUUAGACAUGUAUUACUUAAAUGUUAUACUCCUGAUAAAGUUCUUUAUUUUCUUAGAUAUUAAGAUGGUUAUAUUUAUAGAAAGACUUGACCUUGUUCGAAUGUUUAUUUCACAAGUAUUUCUGAUUUUCGUAAGUACAUUUUAUAUUCUGCAUUCAGAUGCAUUAAGAUGAGAACUUGAGAAAUGAACUUCAUUAUACUCUAUUACCGUUUUUGACAUUGUUGUGGCUUAUAUUUUACAAAAAAAAUGGCCCAAUUAAAGGCCAAAUUUUUUUUUGAUGUACAAAUAUCAAAAAUGUAAAAGGUGUGCAUUAUAGUUGACAGCUAGAUGAACACUUUACGGUUAUAGGAAAGUUAUUUUCAAAUUUGCAUUUGAGCCCAUUCUGUAGUAAA